AUGCGUUCAACAGCUGUUUCUGCAAGCAUAUCGACCGCACCUUUCACAGAGAUGGACAGUGAGAUCGGGGAGCUGUUGGAGGAGUUUGAGGCCGUGGUGGAGGAAAUGACCGCGCCGACGGAGAGCGCGCGCGGCUCCUGUGAGACUCUGCUGAACGAUGCGAAACGGCGCGCUGCCCUCAGCGACGGAGUGACGGACAGCGGCAUAGAGGACGCGGAUGACGCUAGUGAACCAUCUCAGGCAAGCAGCUUGAAUGCGAGUGUAGAGGAGCUCAACACUGCAGGCAUGAUGACUUCACGGAAAGCCAAACUUGGGGACACCUCAGACCUAGAGAGCUUUAUUGAGAACUUGGACAAAGAGCUUGCAGAGAUGUGAACAGACAGGACUCAUGUAACUACAGGACAGGAGCCAAGACUAUCAGCACGUACCAGCAAGAAGAGAACUGGCAUCCAUGAACAAACCAAAUCCCCAUCUCGGACAGGAGAUUCAGGUUGUAGGGCACCCGAAAACAGUAAUUACGGACAACAAAUUACAACCAAGGCAAGUUAGCAUGAGCAAUCUUUAAUCCUGAGAAAAUGCAUCUGAUUUAUUAGUACAGACGUUGGUAUUUUCGGAAUUUCAUUGAAUAUGAACCAAGACAAAUAUCUCAAGCAGUAAUAAUGCUGGAUUAUGAAGUUUUUUUUUAUUGUUUGCUAUGAAGAUUUGCUAUGUCUGGCUAAAUUUGUUUGUAAUUCUGCCAGCUCAUUAAGCUCUUGAACUAUAACCUCUGUUUUUUCAAUCCAAUCCUAUGCUUAAGUCCUCAUUUUUUUUUGAUGUACAAUCUCUCAGGAGUUCUAACUGUACUGUUAUUGUUAAAUUAUUUUCUGGAAUCUUAUUGGCUCAUGGCAGCUAACUGUAGUUUUUUUUACUGUAUAAAUAUUCAUGUUAUCGCUCUUUGUAUCUGUAUUUGACUGAUAUUAAUUGAGAUUUUUUAAGAAAAGGUAUAUUUUGUAAAAUAAAAAUGAUAUAUAUUUUA